AUAUACCCUGUGUAGGGUCUGCUCUGUGGACUGGAUGCAUAGACUGUAACAUGAUGCUUUCUGCUGAGAUGCUGAAGCAUCGACGUCGGGCUGUUGUGGUAGGCUAGUUCAGUUUUAUAAUAGACACACUAUACAGAGUUUUCGUGGACAAUUUUGUCACUUUUUCUGGCCUGUCUCUUUUCUGCGCCCCUUGUUAUUUUCUUUCUUUGUUCUUUUUGUAAUCCGCGCUGUCAAAUCACACCAAAGACGCUCUGAACUAGAGUUGUGACGUUCGCGAACGAACCGAUUCUUUUGAACGGCUCAAAAACAUGAACGAUGGGAGCCGAGUCGCGGCUGGAGGGGAGCCGUUCUUUCUGUCGUUCUUUUUUCCUAUGCGUAUUUCACACAGAUGCACACAAAUGAGCUCCUCUGUGAUACAAAACAGUUAUAGGGGGAGGGGCGCACCCAGCGCAGGCCAACCCUUUAUAGCGUGAUGAUAUUAGUUAUUAGUUGUGCACGCAUCCUUCACGUGAGUACUCCAGUGGAAAAAAACCCUGCGUUCCUCUGUCAUUGGGUAGGAGCGGAGCCAUGACGUGUGCACGCUGCCGUCACAUGCUUACUCCAGUUAAAAAAAAAAAAAAAACACGUGUGAUUGCCUCUCUGUCUCAGUGCCACCGUCAGUAAUAGCGGGUCGUUCGGACUUCGAAAGGAAGAAGACGCACACGUGACACAUCUGAAAAUGAGCCAGAGGAAAAGGAGCAGCAUUUGGGUGCACUUUUCUCGCGAAGAAAACAGUAAAGCUAAAUGCAGCAUUUGUCAAAAAUCCCCUCCUACAUUCCUCCAAGUAGGAAGGCACUAGCCCAGAAGGUCACGGAUAUGUAUGACAGGGAGACAGCAUUUUUGAAGAGAAGGGUGUCAAAAGUACCAGCUGUCUGUUUAACCACAGACUGUUGGACUUCAAGAACGACAGCAUCAUAUAUGUCUGUAACCUGCCAUUUUAUCGAGGAUUUCCGUGUGGCCUCCUGUCUCCUGGACUGUUUUGAAUUCAGUGAGCGGCACACAGCAGACAACAUUGCACAACAGCUGCUUAGUGUUGCAGCAGAGUGGGGGGUGGACAAGAAAGUAGUGUGCUGCCUAACCGAUAAUGCGGCAAAUGUUACUAAGGCUAUACAAACCAUUGGAUGGAUGCACCUACCAUGCCUGGCCCAUACUAUUAACCUGGUGGUAAGAGAUGCCCUGCAAGCUUCAAAGCCCAUCAUUGAUAAGGUGAAAGAGGCAGUGGAAUACUUUCACAGAAGCACCGUGGGGGCACAAAAACUGAAGGAGACUCAACUACAAAUGAAAAUGGAGGAGCUCCGACCAAAACAGGAUUGUCCUACAAGGUGGAAUUCCACCUACUACAUGUUGAAAAGCUGUAUUGCCAGUAAAAAUGCUAUAAUCUCCACCCUGGCCGUCACCAAUGCACCUGUCCGCCACCUGUCCCAGGAGGAAUGGACCACAGUGCAAGAAAUGUGCACAAUCUUGCAACCAUUUGAGGAAGUCACUGUGGAACUCAGUGCAGAAAGGUAUGUUGCUCAGUUGCACAGCAGUAUAUUUCUUUAGCAUGCAUGCAUAGUACAUAAUAGUAAAUUAUGAAUAUUUUAUACCAUAUUAGAAAUCUGUGUAAUACACUGGAGUAUAUAUCAUUGUCAGUAGAUUUCUGUAUCCUGCAUGCCAAUUUCCUGAUAAAAAAUUAUGGAUAUUUGAUACCACAAUAGAUAUCUGUUUAAUACAUUGUAAUAUUUAUCAUUGUUUCAGCUUUAAAAUUGUAACAUUAAAGUUUUUUUUCUUUUUUUCACCAGCUACUUGACAGCCUCGAAGGUCAUAGUGCUGGCCAGGGGACUUCAAAGAGCCACAGCUGAUUUCCGGCGAAAAACUACAACAGCGGUAGCGCAAGGUGUGACAGUCUGUGUGCGAGUAUGUCAUCGCGAUUCCACAGGAUUCAUGCCAACCACAUACUAGCAGAGGCUGCUGCACUUGACCCGCGUUUUAAGAGGAUGGCCUUCCCUGAUGGCAGAACAGCAGAUGAGACGUUUCAAAGGCUGUCAACUGCAGCAGCAAGAAUUAGCAGUGGCAAACCCAUCCAACAGCAACCAGCUGUGGAAGGACUGGAAGGAGCAGGCAGUGGUGCUGGAUCAAUAGUUUGGAGCUAUUUCCAUGAGGAAGUAGCUGGAACAGUGGAAGCCAGGAAUCCAACCGCUGAUGCUGUCAUGGAGGUGCGAGCCUACCUGGAGGAGCCUCUUCUUCCAACACAUGAGGAUCCCCUCAAGUGGUGGGAGAGUCGAGCCCCUGUUUACCCCAGGCUUAGCAAGCUGAUGGCCAAGAAGCUUGGUGUUGUGGCGACAUCAGUUCCCUCUGAGAGAAUAUUCUCGAAAACUGGACAGAUAAUCUCAGAGAGGAGAAGUCGCCUUAAGCCCAAAAAGGUCAGAGCUCUUGUCUUCCUUAAUGCAAAUUUGCCCAAGGACAAAAAAGAGAGGCAGAAAAAGCCAUAAAGUAAGGAACUGCUUUGUAUUUAUAUACAUUGCAUUUUGUGUUCAUUUAAAACUUGUUCUUUUAAAAAGUUUACAAAACAAAGUUUACAGUAGUAAUAGUAUGUAGUAUGUAGACAUUUCCAUUUUAUUUAUUCUAAUUUUAUCUACUUUAAAUAUUUUUUGUUUUCUAUCAAAAUGUUCUUGUGUGAUAACAAUGUUCUUGUGUGGAAGUGUUUGUAGUAAAAGCUGUUUUGCACAGAAA